UGUGGACAAAAUUAAUACAACAAAAACCUCUUCUUCGAGACCAAAAAAAGAAAAAAAACAAAAAUAAAUAAAUAAAAAUAAAAACCCCUUUCUAACACACACACUCUCUCUCUAUUCGCAUUUCUCUCUCUAAAAGGAUCGAAAAACCUCGGUUCUCUUUUCUCUCUCUAGGGUUUCUCGAAAGUUCGCAGUGAAAUUCUACUGAGGCAGCUUUCGAAUCUGGUCUCCGAGCUUGGCUUCUGAUCUUCGCCAUGGGUUGCUCUAUAUUUUGGUGCCGUUUUCUCGAUCGAUAGCUUGCGCGUGUUGAUUCGGAGCCCCGAGACGACGAGGACGAGCGGAUGAUGAUGGUGACGCGCGCGCCUGCGGUGGGGGACUGCUUAUUUAGUGUCGCUUCAUGUGAAGUUUAAUUGCGUUUCGAGGUGGUAGCAAACAAAGAUUGGCAAGACACAAUAAGCUGGCUUAGGGGUGUACUCUAAGAUGAUGAAGUCAACCAGUAGUGUUGUGAUGGAGGAGAAUAAUCCAAAGGGAACUUCUGGUACUACUGCCUCCAAGAAUGCGGGAUCGUUUGUUAAAAUUGAUUCAAUAUCUAUAGAUCUGGAUGGUGGUAUUGACAAGAGUUAUGUGGGGACUAAGUGUGAACAUUUUUCCAUACGUGGAUAUGUAUCUGAAAUUCGGAGACAAAACUGGAAGAUGUGCUGGCCAUUUGCUUUGGAUGAUAAAAAGGAUAAUAAGGUUGAAAGUGAAUCCUUGCUUCCUCCUUUAAUUGCUCCGAAAUUCAAAUGGUGGUCUUGCCAAAGCUGUCAGCAGGAAAUAAGCUCUAAAGGAACUGUAAAGGAUUAUGAUAAUUCUGGCACAAUUGGAUCUCGAUCCAAUGACACUCCCUCUCUGAUGCCAUCCCUUUCUAGUUCUGCUACACAUGAUCAGCCGAAUUUUCUGCAAGAUCCAUCUCAAAACAUAGUUGAGAAAACAAAAUUUGAUGUCAACACUUUUACUGAGGUGAAUAGGAGUGGGGAACAAAUUCCCUCCUACAGUGACAAGAAAAAAGUGUUUGCUGCAGAUGCUCCUAAAAGCUUCACAGGGCACAAAAAUGGCUUAGAAAAGGAUGUGGUUCGUGAAUGCUCUAGAAAAGCUUUUGUCCCACCUCAAAGUGAUCCCAAUAUGAUGAAGGAGAAACCUAAAUGUGCCGCAGCAGAAGCUAUAAAACCGGAGCGGAACAGACUUUUGGAACUCUGUAAGCAUAGCUGCAGAAAAGAUGACAUUACGGAUGUUGAGUUUCCAAUCCAAAAGUGCAAUUCUAAAAGCUCCACCAAGAUGCUUCAAACAGAAAAAGAAAAUUUUGCAGCUGAACAACACAUGGAAUUGACGAAAGCGUCUGGGACAUCUGUCUUAGCCUGUUUGCAUGAUGAGGCAGGCAAUGAUGUUAACAGACAAACAAAUGGAUUAGGUUUCCAAGCGUUAGAUGAGUGUAAUAAUGGAUCAUCUGGAAGUGUUCAAAUCUUUGCUGGACAAAAUCCUCAGGAUCAUAACAUUGAUAAGUCAAGUGGCUUACAACGUAAGAAAAUCCGAAAGGUGCGUCUGCUGACAGAGUUGUUAUGUGACAAUGGAGAUGCAAAGACUGAUCAUAUCCGCACUGAAGACUCUCUGUGUAAUGCUAUUAACAAUGCAUCUGCGGGGGCAGGAAUGGUUUCUGUUCCCGUAGGUCAGGUAUCUUUGCCAGAAAAUUGUAGAGAUGGGUUGGGUGAUAAUAAGAAAAGGAAAUUGCCUCAGGAAGAAGAAUUGAAGUCGACCGAAUUGAGUUCUCACAGUAAUAUGACCAAAAAGUUUAAAUACUUCAAGGCAGGAGAAGAAACUGCUAAUGCAAUUUCAUAUUCAGUAUCAAAAGAAGAUUCCCCUACUGGAUUCUAUUUGCAGACCGGUACAAGGAGCUCAUGGAGUGAUUAUAGAAUUGAUAGAAAUUCUGUUGCGGUGAAGAAGAAGAAUAGGAAGAACCAAAUAAUUGACAAGCAUCCUUCUUUAGUUCCAACAGGAGACACUAUUCUGAACCAAACCCGUGAACAAGUUGGGUUUUCAACAAAGUGUUAUACUUCUGUCAAUGAUAAAGUUUCUCUCAAAGAAGUAAAAGAUGCGUCAAGUAGUAGAGGGAUGGACAAAACUCUGAUGGGAUCUUCAAGCAAGGAGAGGAAAUCAUCAUUUAAGAAGAAAGCUAAGAUGGCAGAGGUUGAUGAUGGACAGGCACCUCAGUUCCCCUUGAACAGUAGCUUGGUCAGAAAGGGCUCAGCCAUGAGGAAUGAUGAUGUUGUGCAUACUGGGCCUGUAAACGUUUCGUUUCAACAGGCAGAAAAUGCUUGUCCGGAUGUAGAAUCACAUCUUUCUUUCGGCAGCUACUUGCCCACACAAAGGGACAAGUAUAAUAAGAAAUAUACUCCUCAAGUUAAAGAUGGCCUAUCGUCCUUCUUAUCUUGGAAAGAAUGCGCCCCCGUGGAUCAAAUCAAGAGAACAAAAGUGGAUACAAAUUACAUCUCAGAUUCAAGCAUUCCUUCUAAUAAGAAAUAUACUCCUCAAGUUAAAGAUGGCCUAUCUUCCUUCUUAUCUUGGAAAGAAGGCCCCGUGGAUCAAAUCAAGAGAACAAAAGUGGAUACAAAUUACAUCUCACAUUCAAGCAUUCCUUCUAACUCCACCUGUGCAUUUUCGCAUAACCAAGUGCAUGCUGAAGUCAGUAAUAAAUUAACCAUGUACAAUUUUCCUGUUUUGAAUGAGAAACAAAGGAGCAGCACUCAAAUUGAAGAAGGAUAUUGUCCUCUUAUGAAGCAAGUGGAUAUUCCUGGUGCGAGCAACAAUCCUCAAACAAUUAAAGGCAAGGAACUUUUAGCAGUUUCUAGAAAACAUGCUGAUGAAAUAACUCACAAUGUAUCCGAGCAGGGACCUUCAGAUGACAUACCCAUGGAAAUUGUUGAACUCAUGGCAAAGAAUCAAUAUGAGAGGCGUCUAGACACUGCUGAAAGUAAGAAAAGCCAGCUAGAACCAGCAAAGGAGGCAAGAAAUAAUCAGAUUAUAGGUUAUGAUCAAGUCUUUAGCACUAAGGAGUUGAGAUUAUUUGAGGAGACGAGUGAGAAAAAAAAUUGUCGUGCCAGAAGUGAAAGAAAAGACAUAGGCACAGUAAGGAAAAAUGUACGACCUUCCAAACAGCAGUCGGUUGACUAUUUUUCUCCUAGCAAUCGAGACCAAUUUGACAUCAAGCAAAAGGAUCAGAAAAAGUUCUCCAGUGUUCAUUUUCCUUCUAUUAAUUCUGGUCAAUGCAGUUGUGCUCAAAAUUGCAAAUGGAAUGGAGAUGUGGUGGGCCGUGGAUUUUUUCAAGCUCGCAUGCAAAUAGGAGCUUGUGAUACAUGCCAGAUUGAUUCAGCCCGGAAAGAAGAGGCAGCUCAUUUCUGGUCAUCCAAAAUAUCACAUCAUGCGCCUGUAAGACAUAAGGCUCCUCAAAAGACAGCCUCUCAGUCUAGUAACCUAGAUAUCCUUUCUAACGGUCCUGGUUUUCUGCAUAAGGGGAAUAUUCUGGACAGAGAGCAUGAGCUGAAGUUUUUGAAUCGAAAUGCUACCAAUCUUGAAAAGCAUAAUCAAAAUGUUGGUUCUGACGUUUUCAACAGAAGAAAUGUGGAGUAUCCAUUUUCUAAUAAGCAUAAUGGGGUUGAACCUCAGCAAAAUCUGAUGGGAUCUUUAGAUCUGUAUUCUAAUGAAACCAUACCCGCAAUGCAUCUGCUGAGCCUCAUGGAUGCAGGGAUGCAGUCAGGUGCAGCUUUCAAGACGGGUGGAAACUCAAAGUUCCUCAAGAGGGUCUCCCCUCCUGAUCAUAACUCCAAAGAGUAUUCUCUUUUAGAUUUUGGCGUUCAUAAGAAACACGGUGAUACUUCUGAAGGGCCACUUGAUUAUUAUGGUAAAAAACAACUUUCUGAGAAAUCCCAUAAUUUAUUCCCUGUCAACGCAAAAAUUGGUACGUCUACUUCAUCGCCACAUCAGGGUAAAGGUUUUGAAAGGGCUAAUGACUUUAUGGGUCAAGUAUCCUUUUCUUCUAGAAGGAAAGAGAAGGUGCAAAGCUCUAGUUCAGCUGCACAGAGUCGAGGUCGUAGAGCUCUAAAUUCUAUGUUUGCAAGUGGUGGUUUUGGGACAAGUCACAAUGCCAAUCCUGUUCAUAGUAUGGAGAAAGGUUCACUUGGUGCAUCUAGUUCGAUGGUUCUUCCUUUGCAACUUCACACUACAGAGAAUUCAAGAGAACACAAGUUUGCAGUUCCUCAUACUAGUGGAACCUUUUGGCCUCCAAAAUCCACUUCUGAGUCCACAACCUGCUCCACUAACAAAAAUCCAGCUGAUUUUAGCUCGCCAGAGGCUGGAAAUGAGUUCAUGAUUAGAGGUGAAGACUUGAAAUUUGGACCGAGAAAGAGACAUGGUUUAACUAGUGCAGACCAGCGCAAGCAACAGAGAAACGCUAAACGGACAACAGAAAAGGAACGCCCCAGACAUUAAAAUUUAUGUGAGGUUCAUGAUUUGCGUCAUGCAGGUGACACCUUCGAUAGCCGGCCAGUCAUUCGUCAUACUAGUCAGUUGGGAAACUCAAUAGUACUCCCUUUUGCUAUGGUGGUCUCAGUGUCAAGGCCUGUAUAUUUUUUUAUGCCUUGACGACUUGUUACAAGUAAAACUAUAUCUGAUAUUUUCGGGUUUCAUUUGCCUUACAUUACUGUUAGAGUACACAACAUAUCCCUUCAUUUUCAGAAGGGUUUACUCUUUUUGUUUCUCUAGUCUUUGUCUCGGAAGCUUUCUCAUUCCUGAUCGUGAAGCCAGGGAAUUAGGUAGCUUAUAUGUUAUGUGUUGUUGGAUUUGUGUAAAUUUAGAACCCCUUACGGGUCUCAUCAAUAAGAGGGACUUAUCGUGUAGUAUACUACUUGAGUUGAGUUGUACUUUCUAAUAGUGUCUGCCCUCCUUCAAAAAAGAAAACUUGAGACAAUGUAUUGCUGGUGUGAUUUUCGACAUUAUAAUACUGUAGAAGAAAAAUCAAUUUUAUUCUUUAUUUA